AAUUCCGUUGAACUAGCCGCGGAAAAUGCUGCUAAAGUAAGUAAUAUCUCCACUCCUGCGGAUGAUCCACAACUAAUAAAAAAAGUCUCUAAACCAAAAGUUCUUGUCGAAGAAGAAGGCAUGGUUAAGUUUAAGAUUUACAGGUCUUAUUUCCGCGCAAAUGGAACUAUACUUUAUUGGUUAUUUUUUGUCGGAGUAUUUAUUGCAACUAGAGUAAUGGAAAUAAUGGAAAAUUGGUGGCUUCAAGUUUGGUCAAAUUCUAGCAACGAGACAACAUCAUCACUUUUCAAUUUUGUUCGACAAGAUAAUUUAGUUAUGAUAGAUGGAAUAUUUGACGAUAUUUAUAAGCCACAUAGC